AUGUACUUCAGUCCCGCAAUCACCAUCGCUAUCUUGGCUGUUGUCCCCACUGCCUUUGGGCAGCUCAACACCAAGAUGAAGGCCAAGGGCAAAAAAUACUUUGGUACUUGCGCCGAUUCUGCGCUGUUGUCCAACUCUCAAAACGCCGCCAUCAUUCGCUCCGACUUUGGCCAACUCACCCCGGAGAAUAGCGCUAAAUGGGAUGCCAUAGAACCCACAAAAGGAAAAUUCAACUUUGGUGGUUUCGACACCCUCGUUAACUUUGCUCAGAGCAACGGCAAGCUCGUUCGUGGACACACAUUCGUCUGGCAUUCUCAACUCCCGUCUUGGGUGUCCAGCAUUGGCGAUUCCGCUACCCUCACCUCAGUCAUCCAAAACCACAUUACUACGGUUGGAACACGCUACAAGGGAAAGGUAUAUGCAUGGGAUGUUGUAAACGAGAUCUUCAACGAAGACGGCACCUUGCGCUCUUCUGUCUUUAGCCGUGUUCUUGGAGAGAACUUUGUUGCUAUUUCUUUUAAGGCCGCCCGCGCUGCCGACCCCUCUGCCAAGCUCUACAUCAACGACUAUAACCUUGACUCUGUCAAUAAAAAGGUCAACGGUCUGGUAAGCCUGGUCAAGCGUCAGAGGGCCGCUGGAACUCCUAUCGACGGUAUCGGCAGCCAGACUCAUCUCCAGGCUGGUGGCGCUGGUGGAGUGCAAGCUGCUCUUGCCGCACUUGCUAACUCAGGAGUAUCGGAAGUUGCUAUUACAGAGCUUGAUAUCGCUAACGCUUCAGGCAACGACUAUGCUACUGCGGUCAAGGCAUGCCUCAAUGUUCCCAAGUGCGUUGGAAUCACGGUCUGGGGUGUUUCAGACAAGGAUUCCUGGCGCGCAAGCAGCAACCCUCUAUUGUUCAACGGUAGCUACCAGAAGAAGCCUGCAUACAAUUCGGUCAUUUCUGCCUUGUCUUAA